AUGUCGCGAAAUGUCCGCCAAAUUUCGGCAAGCGAAAGCGAGCGCCUCCACCGCUCAAAUAUUGAGAUGGAGCAGCGGCUGAUCGAGGUCAAGAGACUUUUCGAAAAAGAAAAGACGAAACGGGAGCGAGAAGCGUUAAAUUGGGCCAGUUCCGCCGGACUGGGAGAUGGAAGCAUCGGUCAGAGGGGAGUCAAGAACUCAAGGUCGAAGGGGGCGCUUGAUUCGCAAAGCAGGAAGAUUCUUGGGAAAGGAUAUGAUAGAAAUCUCAAAUUUAAAGUGCUGAAAGACAAGCCCUUGGAUGUCCCCAAACGCCCUGCCGACCAAGAAAUGGCCAAUUUCAUCGCGAGUGAAAAAGCCCGUUUGGCAGCAGAAGUAAAGCAGACCAAAAGACGAGUCUCAAAUUCAAACGCUCCUCAAGCAUCCUACCCUCCGCUUACCAGAUCUCCUCCGAAACGAUCGCCUUUUGGAUCAGCUAAUAGAAGAAGUCCUAAAUCGCUGGAACCAGUCGAGGAAUACAUCCUGUUCUCCGACUCCCAAAACAGCGAAAUAUACGAACUCCCUCUAACGCGCGAAGGCGAUCUCGACCUAAACACAGUCAAAACCGUGGCUUCUGCUCGAACCGUCGGAGUUUACACCAUUCGCGAAGGGAGGAAGCGACUGAUGCCCUGCGACCCGAGCACAGGUCGGGUUAUUCGCCCCGCGAGUGGCUGGAAACAAUGCACCUACUACCCGCUCAUCCCUCCAAGAAGCUCAAGGCCUGGGACUGCACGCUCCCAAGUCCCUCAAUCUCAAUCUGGACAGACAAGUCUCUCGACAUCCGCGGAGUUCUCCCUCAAGCCAUUGAGCCCAUCGUUCUCUGGUCCGACCGGCUUCACUCCAAGAAACGUUGAGUCCCUUCCCGUCGUCCCGAUUGGCCAGGAAACAUCUCUGCUUCACGGGACCUACGAUGAAGAAGCUGCAGCGCGGGAAUUUCAACAAGCAGUGGCUGAAUUUCGCGGUGAUCGACGAGUGACUCCUAGAGCCGAUUAUCACAAACCGACUUUUUCUGCCCGAUCAUCGAAAUCAGGAGAAGUCGGGACAGGAGAAGAAAUGCCAGCUUUACCGCAUGAAGUGCCAAUCGAAAAGAAACUAGACGAGCUUGAAAAGAUGUUUGAGCAGAAAACGAACAUCACUGCCGUUGAAAGGAUUUAUCUCGAGCAAGCCAGGUCUGCAAGUCGAAUGAUCGCUGCUUCCCAAGAAUUCGGCGAAGAAGAAGCUCCCGAAAAUAAUGACGAUGACGACGAUGAUGAUCGAUUCAAGACCGAGGAAGACUACGAGCUGGAAGAGGAUCGAAACGAGCUGCGGGAAAUGUUGCUUGACUCGAUCUCCUCCCACUCGCUCAACGUCGAGAAACCUAAAGAACACCCAGUACUAAUCGAAGAAAAAGGCGCAGCGGCUCCUUUAGAAGUCGUCAUCGAGAAACAACUGACCCCGAGACCACCAUCAGCGCCUAAACCCAGCCAGAAUCGUCGAAAACCAAGCCCAAGAGCACUAAAAGUGAGCGACUACGAGCCAAUGUGGAUGCCAACGCCAGGGGUCAACUUUGACAACGACGUCGAAUCGCGAGUUUCAAUGGACUCACUUGAAGACAACGACGAGUUACAAGCUAUUACAGUCGCUUCUAGCAACACAUCCGUCGAAGAAAUACAUCGGCCAGAGCUCCAAUCAAGAUUCGACGAGCAGCUCCUAUCACCAGAAGAACGCAUCUUCCAAGAAACCGUCCAUCAAACAAUCUACUCCGACGGGACGGUAGUUAACAACGUGGUCACAGUCGAGCUCUCCCACGAUGAAUACAAUGCUGAGAACGACUACGAUUUCGAGCACGACAACGAGUGGCAAGAAGAACUGCUACGUCAGCAGGAACAAGAGCUUUUUGAUGCUCAUAGUCGACGGUUCUCCGAGCAAAUGACUAGUCAGCCAAAUGGAGAGCACGAGGCUCCUCGGCCAGCAUCUCGCUCAUCUAUCUACACAGAUGACGAUCUCGCUGACAACUUCGACAUGACUUCUCAACUAAACGAAAUCGAGUCUCGAUACCUACCCGACGAUGACGACUACUAA